AUGGCUCUGACGCUUCCCAUCGCAUCUUUCAACCCGAAACACUAUGCAGAGGGUGAACCUGGAGUGCAGGGUUUGGUGGACCUUGUCAGAUGGAAUGUCUGGAAAUGGGACGAAGAAGGGCGACCUUUGUGCCAUUCCCUACCCCGGAACGUCGACGACCUCCAAAAUAUGGACAUACUUCCCUCUUCCCAUCCGAUUGUCCCCCAUCUGGCCCCUGCGCGUACACAGUUCCUCGAAAACCUGUCCAUGGUUUCAGAAAACCUUAUGGAGCAUUUGCUCAACUUGCCGUCAGACCCUUCAGCAUACCUCAAGAUAGAUAGCAAGAUUGUCAUGAAAGAGCUCCGCCAGGCGUCCUUACAGAAUCAAAUACUUCCUGUCCUUUGCGGCUCGGCAAUGAAGCAUAUUGGAACAGACCUCGUAAUGGACUACGUCGGAGAACUUCUACCGAGUCCUCUCGAUGUUGAACAUGAAGUCCAGGGCAAAAACCCUCCUGUUCGACUUCUCGCGUGGAAGGUCAAUUGGGAUGAAAGAAGAGGUUGGAUGACAUUUGUUCGCGUUUACUCUGGAAAUCUUACUCGUCAAACAAAUUUGCUGAACACAAACCGCAAUCAGAAAGAGAAAGCGGCGAAGCUCCUCUUGCUCUAUGCAUCUGAAGCCAAGGAAGUCGAUGAAUUACCAUUCGGUUCUGUUGGCGUGAUCUUAGGCCUCAAGCAUACGCGUACUGGAGACACCCUCGUAUCGAGCAACGUGUCCGAUAAUCUCCGUUCAUCGUUGCGUGACGUUACCCCUCCUCCUGCUGUGAUGUCAGCAUCGGUCAUUCCCCAAUCUCACUCCGAUCUCCAGCUGGUGCAGGACGCCUUGGAUGCCCUUGUCCGUACCGACCCGUCAGUCCGGGUGGAGACCCAAGAAGGACAAAUGCUGGUUCAUGGUCUAGGAGCUCUACAUCUGGAAAUCGUCGAAGGGAGAUUAAGAGACGAAUGGAAGGCCAACUUCGAGUUCGGGAGACGACGGGUCAGCUAUCGAGAGAGCUUGGGACCCAACGCACCUUCGGCUGGCUGGGACGUGUGGGAAGCCGAAAUCGCGGGCAAGGCUCUUUCGAUUAAAGUACCUCUCACCGUCCGCAAGAUGGAGCCAGAGGAAAAAGGCGAUCCGGUUUGGGACGGAAAUAUCGUGGUGGACGAGAAAAAUAGGCCGAUACCCGCCCCAGAAUCGAUGCCUGGGUCGCAGUUAGCUUAUGUCGCCAAUCUCAAGACUAUCGGCUCUAAAGUUCCCUCAAUUGUCACUGGAGCAACGGCUGCUGUCCUCCGCAAGCGGAUCCGCGACGCGGCUAUGGGCCCUAUCCUUGAGCCCUUUGUCUUCCUCAAGGUAUCAGUCAGUGAAAGUAACGUCGGAAAGGUUGUCAAAGACCUUACGGAACGUGGGGGAGAGGUCUUGGAUCUUGGGGACGGCGCGGCUGUUAACCUGGGUGGAGCAGAAGAGGUUGACGGAUACUCUGAAGAAGGGAUCUACGUUCCUCCGGAUUGGCUCUCACCCUGUGGGACAUCCUCCUCGGACUCUCGUCAUUCAGGGUCCCAUCUCAGGCGCUCUGUGCAGGGCGUUGCCCCUCUGAGCCAGUUCCUCGACUACUCCAAUCGUCUACGCUCGCUGUCAGAAGGACAUGGUGUAUUUGAGAUGUCUAAUGCAGGGUUCAAAGAAGUGGCCGAGGACCGGAAGAUGGAAAUUUUGAAGGAGAUAGGACGAGCUUGA